AUGCGCCCUGCUGCUGGCAGCCCAACGCCUAGUUCCCCUCUGACCCUCGCCGAUAUUGUGCGUCACGCCUACAACAAGAACAUCCUCCUCACCAACCCAUCCGCCGCCUUCUCGCGCACACGCACGCGCAGCCAAGCUCGACGCAGCACUCACCUUCAAGCCAUCACUGGUAUCACUGCUGGCCCCAACGGAUCGAUUCUUUGCCGCAAGCUGCAGCAGACCUGCUUCUGGCGUCACUUGCAACGCGUCUUCUUCGACAAUCCAGACGAGUGCAGUCUCUUCGAGAUCAUGACCGUCACCGAGUACGAGAAGUAUGUUCAGACCAAGCAUCGAGCCGCUAUCCCAGAAGCAGCUUUGGCCGUGGGGAUCGAGACAACCACCACGACUGUCCCUCACACCAGCACCACCUUCUCUACUCCCACUGCCACAGCUGCUACAGCUGCUACAGCUGCUUCAACGACCUCUCCUUCUUCUCCAAUUAUGCAGUCCAAUAUUCCCGCCGCCGCCUCGUCCCCCUGCUUCACAAGCAUGGAAAAAACCAGCAUCGCCAACACCAAAAAUGAUCAUAAUCCAAUCGAGAGCCACAAGCACACCAUUGACGACGAUAACGACGACGAUAACGACUCGUUACCAACACGACUGCAGAUCCUGGUGUGCCGUACCCCUCGCCUGGCGCGUCGUCACCACGUUCCCCAGCGCCGAUCUCUGACUCGAGCCCAAGCCCAAGCCCGAUCCUGGGCCUGUUCCGACUACCGCCUUCAUCUCCAUGACGGCGCUGCCCAGUUGACACACAAAUACAGUGUGCUGCGUGACACUGUUUCAGUCCAGCCGACCAUUAGCGUUGCACACGCGGCGCUGCGGGCUCGUUCCUUUAUCGCCUGA